CGGGUCAGUUUGCAACCCUGUUUGUCCAGCUCAGAACGUCCAGACGUCAGCUGUGCUGCUGGAAUCUCGGAAUUGGUUUUUGAUGUCAUUUUGAACUCUUCAUUUACAUGGAUGGACAUGGAAAGUUCACAGGAGCAACGCACAGAAAAGACUACCAGAAUAUCGGUGGACGAGGCAUCUAGAGAAGACCUGGUCAAGCAGGUGAAGCGUCAGCUUGCAAUACUUCAGAAAGCUAAGGCAAAGUGUGAUGAUCUCAACAGGAAGUGUCAGGAGAAGGACAAGGCUAUUGAAGAGUUGCGUAGUCGAUGUGAGGCAUGGGAGCAGGACCAGGCAGAAUUGGAGGAGCUGCGCCAUGCAUACCAGUCACUGCAAGAAGCUCAGGAGAAGCAGUUCCACUCCUUUCAGGUCUUGGAGGAGCAGCUAGCCACAUCCAAUGAGGAUCUAGUCAGGUGGCGCCACAAGUACCAGGAAUGCCUGGAGAAGUUGCAAUGCACAGAGUCCAAGAUGACUGCUCUCACCCGAGGUACAGAGUGCCUUCAACAAGAGCUACAUUGCCUUGAGGCUGAAAACCGGGUAGCCAACUCCAAAGUCGAGGAGCUGUCCCAGUCACAGAAGCAGCUUCAGGCAGAACGGGCCGUUCUGCAACAGCAGCUGGAUGUACUUGAGCAAGAUAAAGCCCAAGAAGCUGCUGGUUCAGAGGCCACCCUGGAAAUGUCACAGAGCCACAUGAAGCAGAAGAUUGAGGAACUGCUGUCCCAGUGCAGUGCCCUAAUGCAAGAGCGUGACAUGUGCAACUCAGCUCGGGAGGCUCUGGUGCAGCAAGCAGAGAGUGCCAAUGAAGAGGCAGCCAACCUUCGGCAGAAGAUCUCUGUGCUGCUGGAGGAACGGUCCUCGCUUGAGAAUCAACGGGAUGAGAAAAUGAACGAGUGCAAUCUACUGCAAGAAGAGAAGCAUGGUUUGGAGAGGCAGGUGUCUGACCUGUAUCAAACAAAGGAGGACCUUGAGGCGAAGGAGAAGGAAUUUGCCAAGAUCCUGGAUGACAACAGCAGCCUGGAAAAACUGCUUGCUGAAGCUAUGAACGAGAACACACAACUGCAGGAGAGUGUCAACAGCCUGCAAGUUAAACUUGGCGAGACGGACGCUGAGAAACAGAGGCUCGCUGAUGAGCUAGAAACAGCCCGAAACUUAGCAUUCAGUGAAUCUCAACGAUUGGAGGACGUCAUAAGAAACCUGGAGGACAAACUUGCAAAUCAAAUUGAGAAGCACCAAAAUGUGGAGCAUGAGUUGGAAGUUUCUCUUUGCCAGCAGAUUGAAUCGGAAAAGCUUAUUGAAAACUUGAAGGCUGCUUUCUUGCCUUGUCCGCUGCAGGAAUAUCCAGUGGAUAUUGACUGCACACCAACAAAGAGUUCAGAGCUUCUUGGCACCCAAGUGGCACUGAAAAAGCAAGAAGAGGUUGCGGAACAGGAGAAAAAAAGUGCAGUCAUUAAUGUUCGAUGUUUAGAGGAGGCUUUGAAGAAAAUGCAAACGGAGAAGGCACAUUUGGAGGAAGAACUUGCAAGCAUAAAGAAUACUGAUCGGCAACUUUUUGAAGAACUUCAAACUUCCAUCAGUAAGGUUUCUUUGCUGGAAAAAGAGCUUGAUCACUCAUUUCAUGAAAAACAGAACAUUGUUGAUGAACUCUGCCAAGUAAAGGACCUUCAAAGCUUCCUGGAAGAUGAAGCAACAGAACUUCAGCAAGAAUGUGAGAAGUUGAAAGCUCAGGCAGGGCGCCUGGAGGCCGAUCUUGAUAAUGACAGGCUGCACAUUCAGAAACUCGAGCAUGAGCUGGAAGCUGCAGAGUGCAGGGACCAGCAGUCACUACGAGAAGUGGAGAUGUUGCGCCUGCAGCUGAAGGAUAUGGCCCUGCAUGCUUUGAAAUACCAAGAGGCCUUUCGGGACUGCACUCCUGGCAAUAUGGAGCCACACGUAUUGCUAAAGGCAUUUAAUCGAAUCUGCCAACUCAUUCUGGAAGCAGCUGAGCGAAAUUUGGUGGAUAUUCAAGUGGAAGGCCUGCUGCCAGGAGUGGGGGCCACACUUGUGCUGAAUGAUUGUAGUGAUGAUUGUGGGGCUGGUGGCGAAAAUCCUGGAGAGGACAGUGCAGGUGCAGUUUCUGCUGAGGCCUAUGAGCGCCUCAAAAGGGAAACGGAAAGAGUGCAGGAACAACUGCAUGCAAACAUGAGGGCUGUAGACCUUCUUCAGUUUGAGAAGCAAGCUAUAGAAGAGGAACUGAUGCUUGAGAAAAGCAGGAAAGACUGCUUAAACAAAGAACUUAACGCAUCUGCACAUCAAGUAUGCUUGCUGGAAGAGAAAGUGGCCGACUUGGAAUCACAAUUUCAAGCCCAAGUUUCAGGUCUUAAAAAUGACUUGGAACAAAAAAGAAGGGAGCUUAAAGAAAAAGAUCAGUUCCUUGCAGAUAUUCUUGAACAGGUUAUAACAAUCAGGAAAGACUAUGAAGACCUUGAAGGCUUUAAACAGGAGCAUGCUAGAGUUCUGGAUGAAUUGUGUGUAUGUGACUCUUCUAGGAAAAUAAUUUCAAAAGCUCAAGAAAAUUUCAAUUCGUUGCUGCAACAAUACAUGGAGUUAAGAGCUCACUGGGACAAGUUGGAAAUAAAUCUAAAAAGGGCUAAUCAGAUAACACCACCAGAUCGGGAAGCACCGAACCCAGCUAUUAGUAGUGAGCAUUUGGAAACGGAGGGAGUUGGCACUGGCGAAGUGAUAACAGCUCCAGUACUUGGUGAAAGAGGGUGGGAAGAUGUUGAGAUCAAACGAUGUUGCACAGACUUUCGAAGUGGAGUGGAAGGCGUGAGAGAUGUAGACAGACAUUCUUCUGAAGAUUGCUCAUCUCUAAGAGCACACUUGCUGACCAGUACGGAAACACAGGAAUGUAUUUGUGAAGAAGUUUCUAAACUUAAAGCAGAACUGCAGGCAAAAUCUAAGCUCCUUGCCCGAAUCCAUGGCGAGCUAGAUGACCAGUUGGAGCAGUCUGAAAAACUAGAGGCAUUGCUGAUAGACAGGAACAGGUAUUUACAAGAGUGCAAAAGUGAUGUUGUGAAGAAAGACUGUGAAUUAGCAGGUUUGACAUUGGAAUUGUCUCACCUUAAGGACCAACUGAUCUUUUAUGAGAAAGAAUGUGCCAGGUUGUGUGCUGUCUUUCAGCCUGAAUCUAAUAAUGAAGCUGGCAUGCAGCACGAUAUGCUGCGUGAAUGGUACAGUGCUCACAGAACCAUGCUGAAACUUUUGUCUCAGCUCAUUGUGCAUGCUUCAAGGCAGCAGCACUCACAAGUCUUUUCAGAUGGAAAUGGAGACUCAGAUGUGCUCUCUCAAGCAAGAUGCAUGCACGCUACACUGUCAGGAAAAUUGGAGUCUGCUUCUUUUAAAGAAGAGCCUUCUUCAUCACUUUAUUGUAUUAUCACAAGAGCAGUGUGCAAAGAUUUGGCUACUGAAUUGGCUCUUAUAAAGAGCUUUGAGCAAAUGCUGGACACCAUUUCUGUUGGUGAGCCCUCUAGUAAAACACGUCUAGUAAAGCCUGAAGCUGAAUCUGAAGUGGAGGUGCAACAACGCGACAAAGAGAUUGCCUAUCUGCAGAGCUCAGUGCAGGAAAAAGAAGACAAGCUGACGAAAUAUAAAACCUUGAUCAUUAAGUUGAAGAAAGAAGUGGCAGACAAGAGCAAACAGGUGAACUUCAUGGAAAGAGAGUUGUCUGAUAUGAAGCAGGAACUUGAAAAAAAUGCCCAAGCAUCUAAACAGUCUGUACAGAACUUUCAGAGUCUUCAGAAUGAAUAUGACAACCUGCAAGACCAAAAUGAGGCCACAAGGUCAUUGUGCAAGGAGCUGGAGGUCAAGGUGGCAUCUGCCGUCAACGAGCUAGCUGAAGCUAAGUGUGCACUUGCUGAUGCUUCUACAGAAAAGGACAAGCUGAAGCAAAUCAACGAAGUGCUCACUGCAGAGGUGAAGGCUUGGGAGCAUUGCAAGGCAGAAUUGGAGGGCAAGCUGACCUCAGCGGAGUCUCAAGCUAGUAGUGCUAAGGAACAAGAAGAGAAGUUGCUGUGCCACAUCAAGGUCUUGGAGGAACAGCUCUUGGAGGCCAACAAGCAAAUGCUUGCUGAAAAGGAGCAGCUUGCUAGGACUGCCAUGCAACUGGAGAAAGUGCAGAAGGAGACUAAAAUGCACACACUUCUGAACCUGGAGAUCGCCGACUAUGAGCGCACUGUAGCAGAACUGAAUAACCUUUUGAAGGAGAAAAAUGAUGAGCUAGACAACACUAGGAAAGAGUCGUUGGCUUACCAGUCCAAAAUUACCAACCUUGUUGAGCACAUUGUGCAAGAGGUUGAGGAAAGACAGGGGAAAGGCAGGAGAUGUAAAUUCAAGACGAUGAGCAAAGCGAGAACAAGGCUCCCACUUUCACCUUGUUCUCGUAGUGCAAGAGGUUUCCUGGAGAACCAGAAAAAAGCAGAUGAUGAGCGAGUACUGGCCUACAAGGAAACCGUAGCCAACUUGAAAGAGGAGCUGUCAAAGAGCCGGAAAUAUGAAGAAGAAUUGCGAGAGGCUGAGGUGAGGCUUGAGUCAGAAGUCAAAGCAGCCCAGCUGAGGGAGGAGGAGUUGAAGUUGAGCUGUGCAGCCGCCUCAAGAAAGUGCCUGGUACUUGAUUCGACCCUUCGCUCAGCACGAGAGAGGAACCGACAUGUUGUGAGAACAUUAGAUUCAGAGGUUGAGUCUCUCAAAGAGGAGUUGAGCGCGGCAAAAGCUGAACUGGAAACAACCAAGGUAGAAUUUGAAAACUACAAGGUGCGAGUUCACUCGGUGCUGAAGCAGCAGAAGGAAAACACAGCUGGCACAUAUAGGAAGGAGCUGUCAGACGCGCAGGAGAAGUUCCAGGCUACAAUAAAGCAGAUGAACGAGCAAAUGAAUGAGCUGAAAGCGCAACUGGUUAUAUCACAAGCUGAGGUCAAGGCAAGCCAGGACGAGUACGACCGGGUGGCCCAGCAACAUCAGUCCGUUGUCUUGGAGCUCGAUAAACGCGACCAUCAGUGGAAAUGCAGGCUGGAAGAAGUGAUGAGGCAGAAUUCUGCAGAAAUGGAAAGUGAACUCGAGAGGCAAUUGCAGCAGCAGUAUGAGGACCUUUCCAAUAAAUGCCAGAAGAAAUUGGCUGCGCAAGAGGCAGAGCACAAACGUGCUUUAGAGUCGCAUCUGGAGACUGUUGAAAACCUGAAGCAAGAAAUUGCCGAAAUGCAACAGAAGUUACCACGUCAGAGUUCACCAUUUGAGGACACACCAGCCAUCAUCGACAUCACCACGCUUGAGCGCCAGCAGGGAGAGGGCUCAGAAUCCAUCUCGCCAGUACCACCGAUCGCUGCAAAGAGCUUGCCAUGGAACUUAGUUCCAGCUGGGGAUAUCAAACCUUUUGCGCAGCUUUUGGGAGAGGGUGACACGACAGCUAUUGGAGAUGUGGAGUCUCUACACGCAAAGGUCAGCGAGUCGCAGAAGGAGGUUGAUCAUUUGGCCGAACUGCUGAACGAGUCGGAAUCAAGCAACCUUCGUCUGACUGAGCAAGUUCGAGUGCUCAAGGAAGAGAUUCGGCGUCUUGAGCGCAACCAGGAGAGAGAGAAACACGCUCAGAACCUGGAGUAUCUUAAAAAUAUCAUCAUGAAAUUUGUAACAUUGCGUGGUGGCAGUGAGAAGGAGCGGCUGGUACCUGUCCUGACAACGAUGCUGAAGCUCAGCCCUGAGGAGAAAAAAGACCUUGAGGCUGUUGUGACUGGUGAAAUGCAGCAGGACGCAGCUGGUGCAUCAGGCUGGGGUGGCUACUUACCUCGGUGGACAGGUUUUGUUGGAUGACAGCUCCACACAAGCAUUCAAACAUGUAAAAUUGUGUACUAUAGUGCCAGGACCAAAUGUACAGUGUAUGCACAAGUAACGCUAACAAAUAAAUGCUUCACAACUGUG